GACUGACCCACAAAUAGAUUUGACCUUUUUUUUAAUGUCAAAAUCAAAUCCCAAGUGAUCCCCGGUUAAAAUCUGGUACAUGUCACCCUAAACCGGUUCAAGCGAUUAUGAUUUCGUGGAUGUUUCGGAACAGUUUCUCAGAACCAAACUAAAAAAUUCGAUAAUGUUUUCAAAUCGAACCGUUUAAAAUUUUCUAACAAUAUUUUUUUAACCGGUUCAGUGUGACAUAUACCGAACCGAACCAAACUUCCUAUGACCGGACCAAAUUUUACAAAACUAAAAAACAAAACAAAAAAUUAAAAAUUUUCAAACCGAAUCCAGACUGAACAGUGAAUCCCUAAUUUCGACGAGGAGAUCCAAAAGUGAAUAAAAAAACGAUGAAGAAUAAUCUCUAUAGAUCAGAUACAUUAUAUGAAUUUAUUGAAAAUACUAAUUGUAAACAAAAAAAAAAAGGGAAAAGGAGGAAGAAAAUCAGAGCAUCAGUUUUAAAAAGCUCGAUUAAUAAGAAGCCUCAUGGAGAUUAUCGGCAAGCAUUUGUUUCAAUGCGUAUCUCAUCAUCUGCUCUGAAUUCUUCUUCCUCAAAUCCAUUUUUUAAACAGACAAAAAAAAAUCAAGCCCAGGAAAAAAAAACCCGACCAAACAAAGAAGAACGAAGGAAGAGAAACAGAUACCGAACGAUAGUUCAAAUCUCAGAUCUAAGUAGCAGAGACAUGGGGAUGGUGUUUGCAAAGUCGGAGCUUAGAUUUUAUAGCCCACUCUGACAAACCCUAGUUCAUUACCAAGCUUAAUACGACACCGUUUUGCCUGAAUUUUAUUGGGCCGGUUUAGGCCGGUCUGGGCCGGUUUGGUUCAUUCGGGCAGAAUGAUUGAGAGUUCCGUUUCUGCUCCCAUGGCUUAUAUAGUUAUAUAUAUACCAUUUCUCUCGCACUUUCGAAGUGAACUUAAGGCGGCUUGAGACGAAGCUCGAGAACUCGCAUGGUUGGGUUCUUCAGAAGCAGAUCGUUAAGGCCCUUCGAUUUGCCGGAGAUUUGCAAAGCGUCUCGAUGGCGGCGAAUUCGGCGCUGUGGGUUCUCUGUUCAAGCCGCCGAAUCGAUGUUAGCGUGUUCGGAUUCGCCGGAGGUGGUAGCUCCGGGCUUCGAUUCUCGUCUUUACGGUUGUUUGCUCCGUCGCUGCGUUCAAAACAACGACCCACUUGCAGCAAUGGCGAUUCACUCCGAUAUCUUGAAGAAAGGAAACUGCUUGGACCUCUUCGCCACCAACAUUCUUCUCGAUGCGUAUGUGAAGGCGGGGCGUUUGUCGGAUGCGGUGAAGGUAUUCGACGAAAUGUCCGAGAGAAACACUGUUUCGUUCGUCACUCUAUUUCAAGGGUAUACGCUGUCUGAUACGUCUGAGGAUGCUGUUGGUUUGUUUACGAGGUUGCAUCGAGAAGGUCACGAGCUUAAUCAAUUCGCCUUCAGUUCGUUCAUGAAGCUGCUCGUCAGUCUGGAAAUGGCAGAGGUUGGAUUUUGGCUGCACGCUCCGAUCGUUAAGCUCGGUCAUGAUUCCAAUGCUUUCGUCGGGACUGCUCUUGUCGAUGCCUACUCGCUUUGCGGUUGCGUCGAUAGUGCGAGAAAAGUAUUCGAAGGGAUUCUACACAAGGAUAAUGUAGCUUGGACGGGGAUCAUUUCUUGCUAUGCCGAAAAUGCCCAUUUCGAGGAUUCUUUAGAGCUACUUUCCAGAAUGGCGAAGGCCGGUUUCAAGCUUAACAAUUACACCUUCGCCGCUGCCUUGAAAGCUAGUCUUGGACUAGGAGCAUUUGAUAUGGCAAGAGCCAUUCAUGGUCAUAUCUUAAAAUCAUGUCAUGGGUUGAAUAUAUAUGUUGGUGUUGGCUUGCUAGAACUGUAUACACAGCUCAGUGACAUGCCCAAUGCUCUGAAGAUAUUCGAUGAGUUACCAAUGAAGGAUGUCAUCCAUUGGAGCUUUCUGAUCACCCGUUUUGCUCAAAGUGAUCAUACCCGAGAGGCAAUGGAUCUAUUUUUCCGUAUGAGACGAGCUUUCGUUACACCUAACCAGUUUACACUCACCAGUAUUCUUCAGGCUUGUGCCACAGCAAAAAGUUUCGACUUUGGUACGCAAAUUCAUGGUCUCGUGGUGAAGGUCGGUCUUGAAUCAGAUGUGUAUGUGUUGAACGCUCUCAUGGACGUUUAUGCUAAAUGUGACAUCAUGGGCAGUGCAAUGAAGUUAUUUGCCGAUUCACCAGACAAGAACGAAGUCAGUUGGAACACGAUAAUCGUCGGAUAUGCUCAGUCAGAUGGCGAAGAAAGGGCGUUAUCCGUUUUCGUCGAAAUGCUCAGAAAUCAAGUGCAAGUCAGUGAAGUGACUUUCUCUAGCUCUCUCCGGGCUUGCGCAUCUUUGGCGGCAUUCGAGCUUGGCGUUCAGAUUCAUGCAGAGACAAUAAAAACCGGUCAUUACUUACGCACGGUUGUAGGCAAUGCCUUGGUAGAUAUGUAUGCAAAGUGUGGGGACAUCAAAGGCGCAACCUUUGUGUUCGAGGAGAUGGUUGAAAAGGAUGUAGUGUCAUGGAAUACGAUGGUCUCGGGCUAUUCUACGCACGGUCUGGUAAAAGAGGCUUUGAAAAUCUUCGAGGAGAUGAAAGGAAGCGGUUGCAUACCGAAUGGGCUGACAUUUGUUGGGAUUCUUUCGGGAUGUAGCAAUGCAGGUUUGCUGGAUCUCGGUCAAGGUUAUUUCCGGUCGAUGGUUCGGGACUUUGGCAUUGAACCCUUUAUGGAGCACUACACAUGCAUGGUCUGGCUUUUGGGAAGGUCAGGGCAACUAGACAAGGCCAUGAAGUUAAUCGAGGAAAUCCCACACGAGCCGACCAUUAUGGUUUGGAGGGCGAUGCUCGGUGCCUCUGUCAUUCAGAAAAGCUUAGGGUUUGCUAGAAAAUCGGCCGAGCAGAUUCUAAGGAUAGAUCCUAAAGAUGAAGCAACAUACGUUCUGUUAUCAAAUAUGUAUGCCGGUGCGAAGAAAUGGGCAGAUGUAGCAUCAACAAGGAGAAGAAUGAGGGAAAAUGGUGUGAGUAAAGAACCUGGUUUAAGUUGGAUAGAACAUCAAGGAAGUGUCCAUUACUUCAGCGUUGGAAGCUCCUCUUCGCAUCCUGACAAGAAGCUUAUAAACGGAAUGCUUGAAUGGUUAAACAUAAAGACAAGACAAGCUGGUUAUGCUCCUGAUCGAAGCGUGAUCGUGCUGGAUAUGGACGAUGACGAAAAGGAUCGGCGCCUGUGGGUUCAUAGCGAGAGGCUGGCUCUGGCUUUUGGGCUUGUCCGAAUGCCGUCGAGAAAUCUCCUCAGAAUCAUCAAGAACCUACGGAUAUGCUCAGACUGUCAUAAUGUCAUGAAACUGAUAUCGAAGAUCGUGCAGCGAGAUCUUGUCAUAAGAGACAUGAACCGCUUCCACCAUUUUCACCAGGGCGAGUGCUCUUGUGGCGAUUACUGGUGAGCGUAAACAACUGAUCCGAGAAACAUGAAUAAGAGUAGAAUCGAAUUGAAAGAGAGAUUAUAGAUCUCAACAUCUGUAUCUUCAGAUCGAAACCAAGGACAGUGGACUAUGACAAA